AUGAACGGCCGACCAGUCCCCCCACUGCUUCCCAACCUUGGUAGUACUAACCUGUGUCCCGCUGUCUGUCUGUCUGUGUCUCUCAUCAGGACAUUCCUCAGGGAGCUGGAGACCUACACAGACGUCCCUGAGCUGGUGGGACGCUGUUUCCUGGAGAGGAUGGGCGACCUGCAGAUCUAUGAGAAGUACUGUCAGAACAAACCUCGAUCCGAGAGCUUGUGGAGACAGUGCUCCGACUGCGCCUUCUUCCAGGAGUGCCAGAGAAAGUUGGAACACAAACUGGGGUUGGACUCGUACCUCCUCAAGCCAGUCCAGAGGAUAACCAAAUACCAGCUGAUACUGAAGGAGUUACUGAAGUACAGUAAGGGCUGUGAGGUUCAGAGGACCUGCAGGAGGCGCUGUCCUCCAUCCUGGGGAUCCUGAAGGCCGUCAACGACUCCAUGCACCUCAUCGCCAUCACAGGAUAUGAGGU